AUGACCGUCAAUCGAUAAGUGCUCGUCUAGCCCUGGUCUAGAUCCAUAACAUCUCUGUUUCGUCGCACACUAAAUAGAACCAAAUUUUAGACAUGGCGAGUUUGGCUACCAAGGGAUCAGGACUGGUUAACCGGCUCCUCACUCAGGCGAGACCCCAAUUGGAUGUUUUCCUGAAGUACGCCAAAGUGGAGCUCACGCCCCCGACGCCCGCCGAUAUUCCGGCAAUCCGUCAAGGACUGGGAAACAUUAUCAAGGGAGCCAAAACCGGCGCCUACAAGAACCUCACCGUUCGCGAGGCCUGGCUUAACACCUUAGUGACCGCCGAGGUCAUCUUCUGGUUCUACAUCGGCGAGUGCAUCGGCAAGCGUCACAUUGUUGGCUACAACGUCUAAAUUUACUAUGUGAAUAUUUAGUCUCCGCUUGGCAGUCUCUGUAAUGGGAAACAAAAUUUUAAGUCUUACACGUCUGCGAACAUUUCGACUCUGAAUAAAAUGAAGUAGUAAUUAAAAAAUCGAAAAAAUGUCGAAAAACAA